GCACGGCACACAACCUCCAGUCGCCACUAAAGAGCAGCUCCUGGUGGACGCAGCAUCCAACACAGCAACAUGCGUGAGAUUGUUCACCUUCAGGCCGGGCAAUGUGGGAACCAGAUUGGUGCAAAGUUUUGGGAGGUGAUCAGUGACGAGCAUGGUAUCGACCCUACCGGUACCUACCACGGUGAUGAUAAGCUCCAACUGGAAAGAAUCAAUGUCUACUAUAACGAGGCUACAGGAGGAAAAUAUGUCCCAAGGGCGAUCUUGGUGGAUUUGGAGCCAGGCACAAUGGACUCUGUCCGGUCAGGCCCAUUUGGCAGGAUCUUUAGACCUGACAACUUUGUCUUCGGCCAGAGUGGAGCGGGAAACAAUUGGGCCAAGGGUCACUACACAGAAGGAGCCGAGUUGGUGGACUCGGUUUUGGAUGUCGUGAGGAAGGAGGCCGAAGGCUGUGACUGCUUACAGGGGUUCCAGCUUACUCAUUCUUUGGGUGGUGGCACCGGCUCUGGGAUGGGAACUCUGCUCAUCAGCAAGAUCCGCGAGGAAUACCCUGACCGCAUCAUGAACACCUUUAGUGUGGUGCCCUCUCCUAAGGUGUCUGACACAGUAGUGGAGCCCUACAAUGCUACACUGUCGGUCCACCAGCUUGUCGAGAACACCGAUGAGACCUACUGCAUUGAUAACGAAGCCUUGUAUGACAUCUGCUUCCGUACCCUCAAGCUGACCACGCCCACUUACGGAGAUCUCAAUCACCUGGUUUCUGCCACCAUGAGUGGUGUGACAACCUGCUUGCGUUUUCCUGGUCAGCUGAAUGCAGACCUACGCAAACUAGCUGUCAACAUGGUCCCCUUCCCCCGUUUGCACUUCUUCAUGCCGGGGUUUGCCCCGCUCACGAGCAGGGGGAGCACACAGUACAGAGCCCUCACCGUGCCUGAACUAACCCUGCAGAUGUUUGAUGCCAAAAAUAUGAUGGCUGCUUGUGACCCCCGCCACGGACGUUACCUGACCGUGGCUGCCAUAUUUCGCGGCCGCAUGUCCAUGAAGGAAGUUGAUGAGCAGAUGCUGAACGUGCAAAACAAAAACAGCAGCUACUUUGUCGAGUGGAUCCCCAACAACGUCAAAACAGCGGUAUGCGACAUCCCACCCCGGGGCCUUAAGAUGUCUUCCACCUUCAUUGGCAACAGCACUGCCAUCCAGGAGCUGUUCAAGCGCAUCUCUGACCAGUUCACUGCUAUGUUCCGCCGCAAGGCUUUCCUCCACUGGUACACAGGAGAGGGGAUGGAUGAGAUGGAGUUCACUGAGGCGGAGAGUAACAUGAACGACUUGGUGUCAGAGUACCAGCAGUACCAGGAUGCUACUGCUGAGGAGGGAGAUUUUGAAGAGGAAGCAGAAGAGGAGGAGGAAGGUGCCUAAAACCUAUGCAGUUCAAUGUCUCUAUGCACUUACUAACCACUCACUGGGUCUGCAUUAGCUGUUCUAUCAUUCCCGCCUAUAUAUAUUUUUCAGGUAAAGGUGUGUUAGCUUUAAUAUGCCUGUGACCACAUGGAGGUCUGUUUUCAUCUUUCUGCAAAAGUAGAUUAGGGUUAGGGUUCUGUUCACAACUACACAAUUCUGCAUCUGGCCCAAAUGUAAUAUGUUGUGUUUGAAUUAAGUUGUUUAAUUUGGUACUUUAGUUCAAUAAAUGUAUUGUAAACAUAUCAAUGGUGUUUUCAAAGUUUUAAUAAAGUAAUUCACUG